AUGUUCGGCAAGACCACCCUCGUCGCCCUCGUCGGCGCUCUCAGCGCCUCCGCCAACCAGGUCUCCAACCUCAUGACCCGGUCCGAGCACGCCCCCUUCCUUGCGCGCCAGAUCACUCCCGCCCAGAUCCCCCAGGCGUGCCAGUCCCAGUGCACCUCGGCGCUCAACAUCUACCAGGCGUGCACCUCGGGCGACACCAACACCUGUCUCUCGGUCUGCCAGCCGAGCAACUACUCCAACUUUGUCGGCUGUCUCCAGUGUGUCCUUAGCAACACCCCUGGGGUCUCGUCCUCGGAGGUCUCAUCCCUCAACGCCGUCCUCGGUCAGCUUGCCGGCGCGUGCUCCCAGGCCGGUCAGGCCGUGAGCAGCACCGCUCUCUCUGCCGGUUCCGCGUCUCGCUCCGCUAGCGCUUCGGGUUCCUCGGGCGUUGCGACCGCGUCUGCGUCUGCGACAUCCAGGUCCGCUUCGGCGUCGUCCGUCUCGGGCUCCGCUUCCGGCGCCCUUGCUUCGAUCAGCAGCGUCAUCAACUCCGCCUCCAGCUCGGUUGCUGCUGUCGCCUCCUCCUCCCGCGCUGCCGGCCAGGCCGUCGCCGCCCUUCCCCAGGGUCUCCAGUCUGUGGUCGCUGGCCUCGUCGGUAUCGCCGCCGGUGUCGCGUACGUCCUUUGA